AAACAAAGGAAAACUGUGAGAGGGAAAAAGAUAAUUUGACUAAACAGUUCAAGCUAAGCUCAAGCCAUAUCUUUUCCCAGUCUAUGUAUCACACUAGUGUUAAGCUACAAGGCUAAGGUUUUGAUCUUUGUUCAUUACUCAGUUUGGUGAAUUUAAAUUCGUUGUUUGAAGAUGUUGGCCAUUGUUGCGUUUGUUUUCCUCUUUCAAGUGGUGACCUGUUCAUCUAAUAAUGCAAACAUUUCAUCAGCAGAUGAACCUCUUCCAGUUGUUCUUUGGCAUGGCAUGGGUGAUACUUGCUGUAACCGCGGAUCUCUUGGAGCUAUCGUUGAUUUAAUCGAGCAACAAGUUCCCUCUAUUUAUGUGAGAUCGCUUCGAAUCGGUGAUAAUGAAGAAAAAGAUUUUAGCAAUGGAUACUUCAUGAAUGUUAAUGAUCAGAUAUCAUUCGCUUGUCAGUUGAUACGAUCAGACGAUAAACUGAAAAACGGUUUCAAUUUGAUUGGUUUCUCUCAAGGAGGUCAGUUUACUCGAGCUUUGGUACAACGGUGCUCUCUUCCAGUCCGUAAUUUAAUUACCUUAGGAGCUCAGCAUCAGGGUGUUUUCGGAUUACCUCGGUGUGAGGCUGUUACUAAUAAUUUACUCCAUAAUUCGGUUUGUGAUUUUGUACGGAAACUUCUUUCUUUAGGCGCUUACAACAGUUUUGUCCAAAAAAGAUUGGUUCAAGCUGAAUAUUGGCAUGAUCCAUUGAAAGAACAAAAGUACAAGGAGAAAAGUGUUUUCCUAGCUGACAUCAACAAUGAAAAAAGUCCCAGAAAUGAAACUUAUCGUCAAAAUUUGGUUAAUUUAAACAAAUUUGUGAUGAUAAUGUUUGAAGAUGAUUCAAUGGUCAUACCCAGGGAGAGCAGUCUUUUUGGCUAUUAUGAAACUGGAAAUAUUAAAAAGAUUGUCCCAUUAGAAGACAGUUUAUUGUACACGGAUGAUCGAUUAGGCUUGAAAGAGCUUAAUGAAUCCGGAAAGCUAAUUAAAUUAACUAUACCUGGUGAUCAUUUGCAAUUCACUGAUGAUUGGUUCACCUCAAAUAUUAUUGAAGCUUAUCUGAAAUAAUUACAUAAACUUCAAUAAUUUUCACAAUGGUUAAUCUUGCAGCAUUCACUUCAACAAGAUGGAAAAUCAGAAUCAUCAAAGAAAAGUAAAAAUUUUGUAAUAACAAUCAUA